AUGGUCAUCUUUCGGAGGAAGCGCGAUGACCAGGGCAAGGUGAUCAAGUACAAGGCGCGCUGGGUUGCCAAAGGCUACUCCCAGGUCCACGGUGUCAACUACACGGACACCUUUGCCCCGACGGCUACCAUCGCAGCCAUCCGCACCAUGCUCGCCAUGGCCGUCGCGCGUGGCAUGAACGUCCAGCAGAUGGACGUCAACACGGCGUUCCUCAACGCGCCCGUGGAUCACGAGAUCUACGUCCAGCCACCGGCCGUCGACGGCAUCUUCUCGCCGAAUACGGUGCUGCGCCUCAAGCGUGGGCUGUAUGGGCUGAAGCAGAGCCCGCGCCUGUGGAACCACACGCUGGACGCCUGGAUGCGCGAGCAGGACUUCGUCGCCACAGCCACGGACGCCUGCAUCUACCGCCGCACCUGCAAGGGUGGCAAAGUGAUGUGGGUUGCCGUCUACGUGGACGACCUCCUCAUCUUCGCCGACAGCGACAGCGACAUGGCCGCGUUCAAGAAGGCCAUCUCCAAGCGCUUCAAGAUGAAGGACCUGGGCAGCCCAGACAUAUGUCUCGGCAUCAAGGACCGUCACAUGAGCCAGGAGCACUACCUGCGCAACGUGCUGGAGACCUUCGGCAUGGCUGACUGCAAGCCGGUCGGCACGCCGCUCUGCACGGGCUACGUCGACAGGCCAGCCGACAAGGAGGAGCCACUCCCGGACGUGCCGUUCCGCGAGCUGCUUGGCUCCCUCCUCUAUGCUGCGACGAUGACGCGCCCAGACAUCUCGGCGGCUGUCUCCAUGCUGUCUCGCCGCAUGCAGCAUUUUGGCAUGGACCACUGGAAGGCUGCCAAGCACCUUCUUCGCUACAUCAAGGGCACCUUGUCCUACACCAUCAAGUACGCCGCCACUGGCGAAACCAGCAACGGCAGCACUGCCGACGGCGUGCUCUCAGCGUACUCGGAUGCGUCGUUCGCCUCCGACGUUGACACGCGACGUUCCCGCACGGGCUUCGUCGUCUUCUGUGUUGAGACACGACAGGUGGUGUGUGUGUGUUUACUGUAG